AUGUUGACGCCACUCGGUACCAAAGAAAAUAAUAGUAAAUUUCCAACCGAUUAUUAUUAUACAUCGCCAGAACAACAUUACUAUUGCCCAAUAUCGAUUAGUAAUGAUUUAAAUAAUGGUCAACAUUAUCGUCCAUCGAUUUAUGAAACAAACCAGUACUUUACACUUUCGCCUGGUUACUCGCAUCAACAAGUUAGUAAUGAUAUCAAUGAAGAUGAAUCCAAGAAUCAAAUCCCAUCCACAGUUUAUUUACCAACUUAUCAUCAACAUUAUUCACCUGAAGAACACGCUAAUGAAAUGUUAUAUUCACAAAAAUCAUCAAAUCAGCCAAUAGCAUCAGCUUAUGAUUAUAAUUUACCAUCAAUUCCACCACAUCCAUCGAAUACAAAUUUUCAUCAGCAAUCAAAUUAUAUUCAACCCUCUGUUGAACAACCAAAUGGUAGUACUAACAAUAGUAAUGGAUACGUAGCACCUUAUUUACCAUUAGAUGGAGCUUGUCGAUCCGGUUCGAUUGUUGUCGAACUCCUCAAUCGACCAUUGUGGUUGAAAUUUAUUGAACAUACUCUUGAAAACAUUAUUACAAAACCUGGUCGCCGAAUGUAUCCAACUCUUGAAUUUAAAGUCUAUGGCUUAAAACCUGAAGCAAUGUAUGAUAUGUAUGUUGAUAUGGUUUUAGUUGAUGUUAAUCAUUGGAAAUUUAAUUCUGGCCAAUGGAUACCAUCUGGACAAGCUGAACAAUGUCAAAAAACAAAUCAUCGUUAUUUGCAUCCUGAUUCACCAAAUACUGGAAUGCAUUGGAUGAAAAAUGAGAAAAUUUCAUUUUCGAAAUUAAAAUUAACAAAUAAUAAACAACUUGCAAUAAGUAAUUCACAAAAUCAAAUGGCGAUUAUUGUGAAUUCAAUGCAUAAAUAUAUGCCGCGCUUGAACAUUUUUGAAGUCGCUUGUCAAUCAACUGAUUCAAGAGGAUCAUCAAAUAGAAAUAAUUCAUCAACAAAACAUAUAUUUACAUUUCCUGAAACACAAUUCAUUGCUGUAACAGCUUAUCAAAAUACGGAUGUUACUCAAUUAAAGAUUGAUAAUAAUCCAUUUGCGAAAGGUUUCCGUGAAAGUUCUGAUAAUCGAAAUAAUUACUAUGGAUACUCAUAUAAUUCUCCAUCUCCGCCGUAUGGCAAUGAAAGUAAUCUACCAGUUAAUUAUUAUGGCAAUACAUAUGAAAAUCAACCAGUUUAUAAAAAGAAACGAAAUAAUUAA